AUGACUCCACUCGGCACUUUCCUCGAUCAGAUCGCUGGAACGGGGUUGCUGGCAUUUGCUGUAAUGAUGGUCAUCGAUCCACGCAAUAAGAUACCACCGGCAGCGCAUGCUGUACUAUUCGGCAUAGCGCUUCUGGUCAUCGGUUGCGGAUUUGGAGCCAACUGCGGUUAUCCGCUGAACCCGGCGAGGGACUUUGUACGCGCCAUGGCUUCCAUAUUUGGCCGUUUGCUAUUUUCUGAUGAUAUCCACAAGCGGUUGAAACAAUUUCAGGACGAGGUGCAAAAACUCGCACGGCAAAAGGAAAUGGUACUGAAGGGCUCGUUGGAUGGGCACUAUUUUCAACGCCGCUGCUUGGAUCUGAAGAAACAGUUGGCUAAUUACACGCGUAAAUUGGAUGGAAUGAAUAAGAAUGUGGAUGGAUGGAAUGAGAGCAAGGAUGAGGAAGAACUGGCAAUUUUGUCGAAUCAAGCAAGAGAAGCCAACAAACCAGUCAGUGCAGUGGCACCAGAAACAGAUAGGAACGAAGAUGAAGUGGAAUCGUCUGAGCAUUACACGGUACAGGAGCGAGAAAUGGCUGAGCAUUCGGUGCCGGAAUCACACUCAAAUGCAAAUAACGGCUCAGAACAUCCAGCGGAUGAAGGACAACAAGCGGUAGAGAAUACAGACAUGAGGAAAUCUGAUGUACGAAAAGGAGUGGCAGUAGAAGACAAAUGGUUCGUUGCUGUGGCUGAUUUUGAAGCGCAGGAAAGCAGCGAUUUAAGCAUAAAGCAGGGAGAACAACUGAUAAUCAUUGCUACGAGGGAAGAUGGCUGGUGGUUAGCGCAAAAUGAGCAUGGGAUUCGGGGGUACGUUCCGAAAACGUUUUUAAAAGCCUGUAAAGCGCCUGAAGGAACUAAGGAAGAUAAAACGAGAAAAAGAAUGAAUGAACCUGUACCAACGCCUCGCAAAAGAACUACAACUGAAGUUAAAAGCCGAGCAUCAGCAAGAAGUGAAAAUGGUGCAGCUGCAAAGCAAAGGACAGCAACAGAUUUCGGAGAAAAAGCGAAAAUAAGUGAAAAAACUAGCAAUAUGUCAAUGCCCGUUGCAAAACAAAAGGAAAGGACUGAGACAAUGAUUCUGGAAGAGUCAAUAUCUGAAAAUACCGAAGAUUCAGAAGCAGAAAGUGAUAAAUUAAAAGCCAGUGCGUCGAAGGUAAAAUCGUCGGGGAGUUCUAUUCCUCAGGUAAAUUAA